CAAAGAUUCCGACGCGUAGGAUUCCUUUUUCUGGCCGUUCGAUCGAUCGCUUCGAUCCAUUCGAAUAGACAAGAUAUUUCGUUUUCUAGACCAAAGACUUUUUCGACGACACUCCUCGUCCUACAUGCGACUAAAUCCAAACUCGAGUCUUUAAAUCUUUCCUCCGAUUCAGCUUUUACGAAUCCUUUCUCUGUUUCUCAAGCGUCUUAACCUUCGACAAGGGUCGACGAAUAUUUCCUCCCUCGAAAAGGAAAAUCGCAAUCAGAGGUCAAUUGUCGAGCGUUGAUUGCGAAAGACUGCUGGGGGGUUUGUCGUUAACAUGGAGACGCACCAGAAGACGUGCCGGAGGACUGUGUCGGAGAUUAGAGACCGAUCGAUUUAAACGGCCUUUCUAAACGGUUCGGUACGGAUCUCCUACGAUUAAGAUUACGCUUUAGGAAAUCGAUCUACCGAAAAUCGAUAAAUAUUUGUUCUCCUUUACCCAUGUAUUUCCCGAUUCGAUGUAUUCGCAUACGUGUGCCUCGAUGUUUCAGCAAAUAAUCGCUUACGUUACGAAAGAGAGGUCGCGUGAAAAAAUCGACGACUUCGAAGAGAUCUAAUAAUCUUCUCUUCGAUUCGCGAACAAGCGAUAAUCUCUUUGAUACGAAAUAGAAGAGAGGAAGAUACGAGCGUGUACGCGCGCGCACUGAUGACGCUAUUCGUUCGUUUAAAGAGGACAUUAAGUCGAAAGAAGAAAAAAUCGCAGCUCCGACGCGUAAUACCGAGAACGCGAUGAUAUAUAGAAGACGACGACGCGAUUGGGUGGCGUUCGAACGAAUGCCAGACGGCUUUCGCACCUUUUUCAAUUCGUUCCUUUCAUUCGUGACCUCUUCCGGCGCUAAGGCUUCGAAGCAACAAGGGUUACUCGAGCCGGUACGCGAGCAUUACCACCGAUAUACGCGAAGCGCUCGUGCGUGAGCAGCUAUUUGUGCGUGCAACGUCCCGCAUCGAUUCGGCUAUUCCCGAUCGGCGGCCACUACCUAACGACUACGACGAUCGACCGUCGAUCGAUCAAAUUUCCUGACGUUUCUCAAAAGUGAGAAUACGAAUAUAUCGUGUCGCAUGAAAAUGACCGAUAAGAAAAGCCAUCGUUCCUAGCUUUUUUAGAUCCUUCAAAAUAGGAUUACAUCCGAUUACGUCCUAGAUUCCUAUCUAGAUUUCUUCCAAGCCAUCUACGACCUCCCACUAUCUCCGUGUAACGCGAACGUACGUAUCGCGUGUGCAUGUGAAUCGAUCUUCGCGAAACGGGCCAAACGGGCGCGCGGCUUCGCAUGCGAACCGACGUACUACGAAAUACUACGUUCUGUGAUGCGGUGCAAUUAAGCCCGCGCCACCCCGUACCACCGCCGGCCCUUCGCCCGACCCUUCGCCCGGCCCUUCGCCAGCCUCGUACGACUCGGUCCGCAGGAGCGCAAGUCCGCGUCUUCUUUUACCGCCCCCUACCGUUCGUUUAUUCAUUCGUUCAUUCAUCGGAGCACCGCUUUAAAGUACGCUGCGCUUUCGCGAACCGAUCGCGACUACUCGAUGCGCGCGAGUUACGUUACCUCUUUUCGACGAACGCACGCCGAUGCAAACGGAUCGUCGUUUUGGUCCUCGCAGCUUCGCGGCUAAAGGAUGGAACGAAGUUCACUGGCACGAGAGUGCGGCGCAUAUCCGUUCGUCGACGAUCGUUCUUCCUUGACUAGCGAUAGACCGUCCUUGAAAGAUGCAAUCCUAAUGCAGUUGGCGUUGUGCGACCGGUCUCGUCGAAAUUUCUCCUCGAAAUAGCGUAACCUAUAAGAGGAGCGAAGGCACGAACGAUACCAUAGCGGGAAAAAGGCACAUUUUUUCGUGAGAUAAAAACGAAAACUUCGUUCAUCUCGUUAUCCAUUUCGAAGCCGUUCUUCGAGUACCUAACGAACUACUAGUACCUAAUGAACUACUCGUUGAAUCGCCGUUGCACUUUAACGACUUUGUUAAAAAGACCCUGCGAUGUAAAAUGAAUGCACGCACCUACGUACAGUUACGAUCGUAUCAAGGAUACGUCUUACAUAGUUACCACAUGGCGAUACCUGACCAUUCGAAGCUGGCUUACCGUUGGUCGAUGUCGCAUCUCUCGGUCUUUGAUACCCAAUCGAAAACCAAUCCGUCCACGUUAGACCGUUCGUUUGCCGUCUACAUUUCUUUAUAAGCCUUAAGACUUUCUUACCGCUUUACAUCGUAACCUCUGUUAUAUUAUCCUCUUUAUCGAUUCUCUCGGUUUAUUGCGAUAUUCCAUGUUUUUAAUUACGAGACACGAAUUCUCUAAUAUUAUUCGCAAAUUAAGUGGGCGAUUCGAAUAUCGCGCCUAAGAUUUAACUCGUGAUCAAAGCGCGGAAAUGUUAUUUACCGAUGACCAUGCGUUGAUGGAAGCGUCCUAACCUGUUGCAACCCGUCGUUGAUCGACACAAGAUUGACACAAGAUCGUGAAUAAAUGCAAAAAUGCGGCCACAAAAGUUUACGCUUCCAAUUGACGCUAGCAGGUAAAUCGUUGGAUAUAACUUUUUCACACACGAAUAAAAAGGUCGUUGUCGUGUCUGUAUUCGGUAAAUCCCAAUAUCGUACGAAAGGAUGUAAAACGGAUAUGUUGAGUUCUAUCCUCCAAGUGGAUCUUUUGAACGAGCCAACUGUGGAUGAAACGUCUAUGUGCGAGAUCGAAGGAUAUCAUAACGUUAAAGACAAAACCGUAUAUCUACAUCUGCGGGGAUUUUUGGAUUCUCACACCCUUCUGUCCGAAUAUGACAGAUUCGUAGAAAAGCAAGAUUGCAAAGACUUUCUCAGCGUAUGGGCGCAUAUGAGAUAUAAAUACGCUAGAGCUUUACUGGUGUUAUUUCAUAUAUCUCAUGUGAUAAUACUUACCCAUCCGACUCAUACGUUCGAUUACAGUUACAUACAUUUAUUUCGUGCCAUGGAUAUAGUACGGCAAAAAAUUUCUCCUCAACUUUCAGAUGUAUUAAGUGGUAUAUCCACUAUACCAAAAGAUUGGAUAUCGAACGCCAGACCUUGUUCUCCGAGGGUAUUAUUCUAUUUUGAAAGUUGUCCUAUACCUAUGACGCUGCAGGAUGCAGAUAACGGAGGAAAUAUUAAAAAACUGGAACAUUCGUUGGAAGAUCAAAUUUAUCAUGUCUUGAGAAAAAAUAGAAUAGUUACAAAUAUCAGUUCAAACUCGUUAUUUGCAAUCCCAGCAAAUCAAGAAUUUGUAUAUGUACAUAACGGUCCUACCGAAUCUAGAGAUAUUUUGGGUUACAUGAUGAAAAAAUUAAUUCAAAGUUGUAAAGUUAGUUCCGGUGGUAGUACGUCAAGAAGUCUCGCUAGUUUAGAUACAAAUCUUGAAACGGAUGAUACAGAGAUUGAAACACGUUCUUUCAAAUCAUUCUUGCAACAACAUAUAAAUCUUGCUUUUGGCAGAGGUUUCGAUGACAACGUUGGUAGACAUUCGGUACCAGCGUACUUUGAGAUACCUACGUUAUCGUUAUUCUGCAAUGUGGCAAACAAAAUUUUGGAAUACUUCAUAAAAGGAAUGGACAAAGAAUUACUAUCUUUACAUAGUCUAUUGGAUACUGACGUUAAAUUCAGUAAAAGUAGAUGUAGCAAAGUACUCCCAAGAGCCUUGCAGACUUAUCAAGAGAACCUUCCUCAACAUUACACAAGAGCAUAUCACGAAUCGAAAUUAGCACAUGCUAUGGCAGUUUUCGAAAUGCAUGCACGAGGUCCGCUGUUUGAAGAAUUUAGCGAGAAAUUGCAAGCAGAAUGCGAUAAACAUUGGCGAACUGGACGACAAAUGUGUGAAGUAUUGUCAUUAACCGGGAACCCUUGCACAAACCCAAUUCAUAAAGGAGGCAGCGAAGGUGCUGGAGGUGGUGAACAACUUGAACCAGGGGGAGAUAAUAGUGAAUUACCGAUCAUGGAACACUGUAGCGGGGUUCGAUAUAUUUGUGCCUGCAAUUGUGGAAGAUGUCAAGGGCCACGAGAGGAUCCGUUUAGUUUACGACAGGCUAAUUACGACUAUUUUCAAAUGUUAGCAAAGCAAUGUGGUUGCGCGCAAUUAGAAAGUAUACAAUUUCCUAUUUUUCAGCCCAGUACUCAUAAUUUCAGAGCGGCACAGUUAUUUUCAGGAACGAAACGAAAGGAUUCACUUAGUAGGACUAAUUUAUCCACGCCUCAAGGUCAAACGCAACCUUGCAGUCUUGGGGUUGAAAAUACCUUAAAUGACGACAUUACAGCGUAUGAAAGUGGUGCACCCUCUCCAUUGAAAAGUGAUCCUACGGAAGAAGAUGUUCCGAGAUUGAGUAACAAGACGAGUCUUACUCCUAGCGACGGACACAAAGUCGUUAUAGAAGUUUCCGAUGAUGCAGAAAAUACCAAAGAAAAGUCUCUGGUGAGACAACCAUCAACAACGGAGUAUCUACCAGGGAUGUUACACACGGAGUCACCGGCUGGAUUAUUACCACAAUUUUCUAGCUGGUCUCUGGUUUGUCUUGGCCCAAGCAGUUUGUACUCGCAUAAUUUGGGUUUGCAACAUCAAGCAGGUGUGUUGCCAACUUCUGCAUUCCUUUUGCCAUGGGAUGUAACAGUAAGAUUAGAGCAUCAGAAGGAAAGGGGAUCUUUGUGGCCUACUAUAAACGAUCAUGGGGUUCACGGAUAUUGCCCAAGAGGUAAAAACUUUCAAAACCUUAAUACCAUCCGAGGUCGAAAAUCCAAAAGUGGGAAGGAAUUUGUCGUUAAGAUAUUCGUUGGAGUGGAAUACGAAUGUCCGAGAGGCCAUAGAUUUAUGGCAUCUGCGCCCGACAAAGUUUUAAAGGCAACUGGUAAUGGAAUCGUAAAGGAUAGCGGAAACAAAGUAACAUCCAGUACCACAGAUAUGCCUCUUUACUUUCCAUGUCCGUGCAGGCAAACGCAACCUUUGAUAGCUCAACUUAUGAGAAUUCACGUGGUUACUCCAAAAGCACCCGUUCACGUUACAUUAAAUCCUCGAGUUCAACCGGGACCUCCACCGUGUCCCAUAUUUGUAACCGGUUGUGAAGAACCGAUCAAACUCUCGCAAAGUGCUUAUUGGGUUCUGAGAUUACCUUACGUCUACAUGGGCGAGAAGGGCCCGUAUUUACCACCGAAAGAACCAGUACCUCCUUCCCACGGUCGAUUACUAGCUGGCAUGUAUGGUAUUAGCGAAGUUGUGCCAGAAAAGAAAUAAGAUUUUUUAAUAAAUCUUUCCUCGCGAUAGUUAAAGGAUCACCACUCACCUUUGCAGAAGUUUUUCCCUCGGAAGAGAAACGUAACGCCUCGUUGACUUUAUACAGACCAAAAAUCGUAGAAUGAACUGGGAUAACGAGGCCUUCUUCGUAAAAAUCUAAGACUUCUUGUCCGGCUUGUCUGUACAAUUGUACUGUAAGUGUUAGUGUCCGUGCGUUUUUUUGUUUCUAAUUUAAUUCUUUAAGUAUAUCUUUUUAAUGUACGACUAUUAAAAAAUACCAAUGCAGCUGCAUUUAAAUAUUUAAAUAAGGGUACUUUUAUAUUGGAACUGCGAUAGAAAAAAGUAAGCGUAGCUCUGCUCGUUGCUUCGAUAUAAACGCUUCCGUAUAGAACGCAUUUCUACGCUUCGCUCCCAUCACCGCCCUUAUCGUUCAUCGCAGCUCCGAGAUAAACGUAACCCUCUAGGAUGCCUUGAAAAUAUCAGCGAUAGAUAUAGGAAUAUGUUUUAACUAAAAUCUAAAAUAAUCAAAACGUAUGACUUGCCGAUAGCUAUCUGGAUCCUUUUUUCUGUAUUCAUUAAGGUUAAAACCGGUGAUACUAAAAGAACCUGCUUCGACCUUCGAUUGUGCAUCCUCCUUAGCGGCAGCUGCGCCGGCAAUUACUAUACGCCCUUCAUGAGAGAGGCUAUAAUUCCAUAAACGAUCUUAUGCUUAUAAAUACUAGAUAUUGAACUUUAUACCUUCACGAGAUAAAUGAUGUAUCGCCACAGUAAAAUUAUCAUCGCGCAGUAAAUCUUUCAAUGAUGUGCCACUUUUAUAUAUAUCAGUGUAACUAAAAUUAUUCAUUUUUUCGAUAAAUGUGUUUAACAAUACUAGUAGCAUUAAAAAAGUAUAUUAUAUUAUUAAAAAUACCAGAAAUUGUACCAUUUUAAAA